AUGGAUCGAUUAUUAUGGUUAUUGGGUGUCUAUUUGACGGUCAAUAUCCCUUCAAUAUCACUAGCAGCCGAUGAGACAUUAUCAUCACACACCAUAUGCCCGAAAGUGCCCGGGCAUCAUCAGAAAACCUGCCCCGACUUUAAAGAUUUCGACAACCAAUCCUAUUGCUGCCCGUCGAAUCUACAGUCUCGCGGUUAUUUCUGCUGUACCCUGAAUCAAGUAGAGGAGUUCAAGGCGCAGGCACGGUCGAAGGAAUGGCAACAGUUCUUCUCAAAUUACCUGACGGUGCUGAUCCUCGGCAGCGUGCUGGGCGUGUGUCUCUCAAUAUUUGCCACAUCCCUCCUCUGCAAGAAGCUCCGCAUCUGUCCACUUUACCACGAUCCAGCGGUGGCUGUAAAUACACUGGCAACUUCCGGGUCGAUGUAUCGACCCGUCGACACGAUACCUCCGACAAAAAUCUAUGAAGCCCCACCGCCGUACGAUGCGGCAUUCUCGGACCGAAGUCAAAACGACUGGAAUUGUUUGGUGGAGAAUGAGAUCAAUGGCGAUCGACGGAUACCCCCACCAACUGUUCCCGGAAUCGAUCCA